GCUGAUGUUAGCAUGCGCUUUCUGCUUAGCCACCUGCUUGCAAAUGAAACCGCCCGAAGACUCGCAGAGUGAUAUUUUGCAUGUGGAACAGUGUUAUCAGGCUGUGAUAUGGAUUUACACGUGUUGUUGUUAUUAUUAUUCCUGCUAACCAAGAUCCGUCCAUCGUGUUGUCUUCGAGCUCUACAUCCUUUCAUGCCGAAUGUUUGCUCAGAGCCAGAGAGAGUCAUCCGAGAUGAGAAACAGCCAUGUGUGCAGGCAUUUAUACAAAUGGUGAAGGUCUGGAGGCAAGGAUGCACAGGUCAUGCUUGGUGUAUGGACUUCGAGAGGAGGACUACCUACUACAUAGGAUAUAAACAAGUCUACAGGCAGGACUUCAAGAUGGCAUACAAAUGCUGUCCUGGAUGGUCCCAGAACAAUUCAAAGAUGGGCUGCCUUUAUCAUAUUGAUGAGUGCCAGGUUCACAACGGAGGCUGCCAGCACAGAUGUGUGAACACUAGAGGCUCGUACUACUGCGAGUGCAAUCCAGGCUUUCGGCUCCACGUUGAUGGCCGCACCUGCAUAGCUGUUUUAUCCUGUUCGGUAAAUAAUGGAGGUUGUGAGCAUGAAUGUGUCCAGCUUUCUCCAGUUCACUUCCAGUGCCGCUGCAGACGUGGAUACCAGCUUACAGCAGAUGGCAAGCGCUGUAGAUUGAGGAACCCAUGUGUGGAGAAGAAUGGCGGCUGUGUGCAUUUAUGUCGCAGUGAUGGCGGUCGGGUUGUGUGCAGCUGUCACCAAGGCUUCAUGCUAGCAAUGGACCAGAGGAGCUGUGAAGAUGUCAAUGAGUGUGAAACAGGACUGGCAGCAUGUGCACACAGUUGCAGGAACACUCCAGGAUCGUUUUCCUGCAUCUGCAAUCCAGGAUACGAGCUGGGCUCUGAUGGAAGGAAAUGCUACCGUAUUGAAAUGGAGAUUGUCAAUACCUGUGACUCUGAUAAUGGUGGCUGUUCACAUCGCUGUCAGCAUGGUGUUCUUGGGCCUGUCUGCAGCUGUAAUCAUGGUUAUCAGCUCGCCGAAGACCUCAAAACCUGUUUGGAUCUGGAGGAAUGUGAGGAAGGAACGUCAUGCUGUGAGCAGGAUUGCACAAACUACCCUGGAGGGUAUGAAUGCUACUGCAGGGCAGGUUACAGACUCAAUGCAGAUGGAUGCGGAUGUGACGAUGUGGACGAGUGUGCAUCUGAUAGAGGAGGCUGUGAACACACUUGUCAGAAUACGGCUGGCUCAUAUCACUGCUUCUGUCGGUUUGGAUAUCGACUUGGUGAGGACAGACACUCCUGCAUUUCUCUCCAGCAAUCGGUUGAGGAAUUGCCCGGUCCAGUGGUGGUUGAGCGUCCUCUCCUUCAUCUCGCUCUCCUCCAGGAUUACCCACAACCCCUGGAGCGCUAUCAUGACUAUGAGGAGGACAGUUUUGGAGAGCUGCGGGCAGAGAGCACCUUCGCUGAGAAGUUUGUGUGUUUGAAUGGGACGUUUGGCCAUGACUGCAGCCUGACAUGUGAUGAUUGCUCAAAUGGAGGAUAUUGUAAUGCUGAAGGAGAUGCUUGUGACUGUCCAGAUGGGUGGACGGGGAUCCUCUGUAACCAAACCUGUCCAGAGGGAACAUUUGGUAAAAACUGCUCCUUCACUUGCAAGUGCAGAAACGGGGGCACCUGUGACCCGAUUAGUGGGAAGUGCCGCUGCCCACCUGGAGUCAAUGGAGACCUGUGCCAGGAUGGCUGUCCGAAGGGAAUGUAUGGAAAGCACUGCAACAAGAAAUGUAACUGUGCUAAUAACGGCCGCUGCCAUCGCACAUAUGGAGCCUGUCUGUGUGAUCCAGGACUCUACGGCAGGUUCUGUCACCUCCCUUGCCCCAAGUGGUCGUAUGGAUCUGGCUGCUCAUCCGAGUGUCAGUGUGUGCAACAAAACACGCUUGAGUGCCAUCGACGUCAUGGAACGUGUGUGUGCAAACCUGGCUAUCAGGGGAAAACCUGCAACCGCGAGUGUGAUAGUGGAUUUUAUGGUCCAGGAUGUAGAUUAAAAUGCCAGUGUCCAGCGGGAGUCUCUUGCCAUCCCAUGAGUGGGCAAUGUCAGCGUCAGUGCCCAGCAGGCCUACAUGGGGAGCACUGUGACCGAGAGUGCCCCAUGGGACAGUUUGGAGUUGGAUGCACACAGUUUUGUGACUGUAAGGGAGCUCCAUGUAACUCAGUGACCGGGAAAUGCCACUGUCCUGCAGGGCAGACAGGACAACACUGUGAAAAAGAGUGUGAAGAGGGCCGUUGGGGUCUUGGCUGUGCAGAAUCAUGUCCUUCCUGUGACAAUGGUGGAGUAUGUGAUAGACAAAACGGCACCUGUGUUUGUUCGCCGGGAUUCAUGGGAAAUCUCUGUCAGAAUGUCUGUCCAGAUGGGCACUUUGGCCUGAGCUGCCUGUUGCGCUGCUCCUGUCAAAACGAAGGGAAAUGCCACCAUGUGACUGGCCUCUGUGUUUGUAAAGACGGCUGGAUGGGACCUAACUGCGCAAAAGCUUGUGUGGCUGGACGAUGGGGGCCGAACUGUGCCAACCAGUGUGACUGCAGGAGCAGCGUGGGCAGCUGUGACCCUGUGAUUGGCCAGUGUCAUUGUGAAGCGGGCUACAUGGGACCACGCUGUGAUCAAAAGUGUCCUAAGGGUUUCUUCGGCCAGAGCUGCCAGCACAGAUGCCAGUGUGAGAAUGGCGCAGCGUGUGAGCAUGUGAGCGGUGCCUGCACUUGUUUGGCUGGCUGGACUGGGACGUAUUGUGAAAAACCAUGUCCUGAGGGCUUUCAUGGCUUGGAGUGCCAGCAGAAGUGCCAGUGCUUGAAUGGUGGCCGUUGUCAUCCCGUGACUGGAGGCUGCCAGUGUCCAUCUGGUUGGGUCGGGCCAGUUUGCAAUGCCACGUGUGAAGCUGGCACCUUUGGGCCGGCCUGCAGUCAAACCUGUAGAUGCCACAAUAAUGGCACCUGUGACCCUGCUGAUGGACGAUGUGAGUGUGGAGCAGGAUGGACAGGCAGCAGGUGUGAACAAGAGUGCUCAGCUGGAUUGUAUGGUGUGGGCUGCAACCAGCAUUGCCUGUGUCAGAAUGGAGGGUCGUGUGACCGAAUCAGUGGCCACUGCACAUGUGUCAGUGGGUGGACAGGAGUGGCCUGUGAAUUGGAAUGUGCUGCGGGACACUUUGGCAUGGACUGUCAGCACAAGUGUGAGUGUGUAAAUGGCGGCUUGUGUGACCGUCACAGUGGCAGGUGUUUGUGCCCAGCAGGUUGGACAGGCACGCACUGUGAGACAGCGUGCACUCAAGGUUUUUAUGGUCUGGGCUGUAAGGAGCGAUGCCGGUGUGAUCAUAACGCCGCAUGCCACCACAUCACUGGCACCUGCUUGUGUCCCGCUGGCUGGAGAGGGACUCACUGCGAAAAGGUUUGUUUACCUGGUUCUUAUGGGAAGCGUUGUGCUCAUCGAUGCCAGUGUCCUCAUGGAACCUCCUGUAAUCAUGUGACUGGACAGUGUGGUUGCCCAGCGGGAUUGACUGGUAGUGGCUGUGAGCGAAUGUGCCAGUCAGGUACGUUUGGGGUAAACUGUAAUCAGGUGUGCCAGUGCUCUGAGCUCAACCAGCUCUGCCACCCUGUCACUGGUGUCUGUUACUGUGCUCCCGGAUACUAUGGCAGCAAGUGUGAAACAGAAUGUGAAGCGGGCCGUUAUGGACCCAACUGCGAGCAGGAAUGCCAAUGUCUGAAUAACGGUGUAUGUAAAAGCAGCACUGGCACCUGCAGCUGCCCACCGGGAUUCAUCGGACCAAACUGCAACAUCACGUGUCCAUUAGGGCGUUAUGGUCAGGACUGUUUUGGAGUGUCUCUGUGUGGUGAAGGGGCUCGCAGUGACCCUCUCACAGGCAGAUGUGUGUGCAGGGCUGGUCAGCGUGGACGGGACUGUGGGAAAGGCUGUGCUGAGGGCUGGUUUGGAGAGAAUUGUGAUCAGCGCUGUAACUGCAGCAAUGGAGGAGUGUGUGACGCUCUUACAGGACACUGCAGCUGUACACUGGGCUGGACAGGAGACACCUGUGAGGAAGUGUGUCCCAGAGGACGGUAUGGUUCAGACUGCAGUGAAGUGUGUGACUGUAAGAAUAACAGCACAUGCGACCGAGUGACUGGCGUCUGUCUCUGCUCUCCAGGUUUCUACGGACAUCUAUGUCAACAUGCAUGUCCUGUUGGCUUCCAUGGUCAUCGUUGCCAGCUUCUGUGUGACUGUGGUGCAAAUGCACCUUGUGACCCUGAAACUGGCCGAUGCCUCUGUCCUGCAGGAUACCAGGGACUCCGCUGUGAGAGAGAGUGUGAAUUGGGCACAUUCGGGCCUGAUUGUGUCCACAGAUGUGACUGUGAUGGAGACACCCCAUGUGACCCUAUUAAUGGCAGGUGUUUGUGUGCACCUGGAAAAACAGGCUCUCGCUGUGACAUAGGCUGUGGAGUGAACCGAUUUGGACCCGACUGCUCACAGAGAUGUGAAUGUCUGAACGGAGGUCAGUGUGAUCCCCGAAACGGCCGAUGCACGUGUCUGAACGGCUGGAUCGGGCCCAGCUGUCAACAAGGGCUCCUGUCUGCUAGCAAAAGUAAAAGGAAGGACUCGUCAGUAUAGCUGUGUUGCCUAUGCAGUUCAGUAACACAGACUGUAAUCUGAACUGCCUUGAAUUUGCAAGUAGACCUUUGACUAACAUUUUAGCCCAGUAGUGUUUUUUUUCUUCAGAUCUUUAAAUACAAAGGUCAACCAAUUUUUCAAGUGACUGACAUGGACAAGCUCUUGAAGCAGUUUAGAUGGAUUAACUUCCAUUUAUGAUCAUAAAUGAUCAACUUUUUCAUGGAAAAUUGGAAAUCCAACGUGAAGGUGACUUUUGAUAUCAAACAUCUCCUGGAUGAGGACAUACGCAACCUUUUUACGAUUUUUUUUUAACUGAUUUUAGCAAUAUUUGUUUUAUGAAUAUAAUAAUUGUAAAUAAAUAAUGCCAUUCCUACAACGUGAUCCUAAAAGAUCCUGUGCAGUUGUUGAAAGAUAGUUUGAGUAUGUGCACUGAAAACAAAACAAAACUGUGGUUUAGAUAUCAUUUUCAUUCCGAAAUUAAUAGUAAGUUUCUUGAAUAAUUUCUGAAGAAAUGGCAUGUAAUGCUGAAAUAAAAAUGGCAUUUUUGCAGUAGAAAGACAGAAAUGGUAUUUUCAUGUUACCCAAAAUGUUUGUUUACUUUAAAAAGUUUUUUUGUACAAUAUGUCAAUUGUCUUGUUUCAUUCAUGAUGAACUUUUUAAAAGUAGCAUUUUCAUUAGGAAUAUACAGUGUGUGCACAAAAUUCAGUGAACAUGUUACUUGGUGUAUAAUAUUUUUGUUGAUAUACGUCUGUAGAAAAAAAAAAUACAGAGACCAUUUGACAGUUCUCAGAGCCACAACUGAAUUCAUUUGGUAUUGUGUUUUGAAUAAAAUCUAAUUAUUUGUUUUAUUCUUCCAUAUUUAUAAUAAAAUAUUUCACGUAUUCCUCAAACAAAUUUCAAACAAUUUUAUAACUAUAAUUUUAUAACCCCCCCCCCCCCAUUUACACUGUUAUUAUGCUAUAGAUUUAAAAAAAAAAAAACUGUGCAAAAAAAAAAAAAAACAAGAUUACAAAGGUUUUCAUAUGCAAAUGCUUCUGUACAAUCUUAUUUUUGUAAAUUCAGGAUCAUUCUGUAACAGAUUUAUUUUUGUACAGUACUACAUCAAUGCAAUAUGCAAAUGAAUAAUUUGCAUUCUUGAUGCAGAUUAUGAGCUCAAAGGAAAUGUGUAUUUCAAUAUUUCUGCAGGAAAGCCAGGCCAAAGUUUUUAAGCACUUAUAGUCUUCUUUUAAUAUUUUGUUCUUGUAAUAGUUAAACGUUUUUUCACAAUUAAACAAUUUGUAUUAUGUUUGAGAUGCUCUCUGGUGGAUAAUGACACGAUAUAUGAGUUUUUUUGGUUUUUGUUGCAUUUUUAAUACAAUUCCAUUUUAAAUAACAUGCAAUAUUCAUUACAAAAUGUAAAUAUUUCAAGUAAAAACUUGAUUCAUAUUUGGACAUCUUUAAGCAAUAAAUAAAUGUGUUCCUUCCUCAUGGGUUUUAUACACAAACACAGAGACUAAAUUAAAGAAUUUUAGAAUGAUUUAUUUUCAGCUGUUUGAAGCUGUACACCUUUUUUUCUUCAAGCAUAAUGUCAUAAGCAAUGUAAUAAUUGACAAAAAGGAAAUAAAGGCAAAUGUGAUAAUGAUCAUUAAAUCCAAUACAGUAGAUUUAUAUAAUCAGAUUAUAUACAUAUUAUCAAACCAUCCCAUUAUGUAUCUACAGAAAUCAUAACCAUAUUUUAACAGUAAUGGUCAUAUUACACUUAGUUAAUAAGAAAUUCGAACAGUCUAUUCUUAUCAAAUCAGAAUCAAAACAUUUCAGAUGAAGUUCCUGUACAGUUUCUCUUAUUGACAUUAUUGGACAUUUUUAUAUAUAAAUACAUGUUUAGCAUGAACUCUUUCAACAACCUCUAUCCUUGCUGUGUUAAAUAACAUUUAGCUCCCAAAUGACAACAUUUGAACCGAACAUACUGUACCAUAACAUUUCACAUGAAAAAGAUGCAGCCUUAAACAAACACAAAGACAUUUAUGAUGGCCCUCAAGGCAACUGAAGCAAUGCUUUCUACUUUUCCACUCUUUGGUUAAAGUGCUACUGUACUUCCGAAAGCUUUAGAUGUAAAUAAAAUCUCUCUGCUU